CAUGCCGCGCGCUGUUGGCCCCCGCGCUGGGGUGCCCGGCGGGUUCCCAGCCCCUCGUGUCCGUGGAGGCUCUCGCCCAUAAACGCCGACUACAGCCUCUGCCCGUCGUACCCAGCCCGCGUUGUGCUCCCGAGGAAGAUGUCCGACGCCGACAUCCGCGCCGUGGCCGGCUUCCGGAAGAGGGGCAGACUGCCUGCGAUGAGCUGGUGCGCCGCGCGCGGGGGGGUUCCGUGCGCGGCGCCGCUGUCCAGGCGCUGCUCCCAGACCACGGAGGGCCUCAUGGGCCAGAAGUGCAUAGAGGACGGGGGGGGGACCAGAGGCUCGUGGAGUUCAUCCGCAGGGGCAGCGACGUGGGGCACGAGCGCGACCUGCUCGUGAUGGACCUGCGGCCCUGGAAGAGCGCCUGGGCCAACAAGGCCGGCGGCGGCGGCUUCGAGGGGUACCCGCGGUGCAAGCUGGUCUUCGGGGGCAUAGACAACAUCCACUGCGUGCGCGACGCGUGGCGGGCCAUGGGCGCCGCCGUGAACAACAUCAAAGAGGAUGAGCCGGGAACGUGGAUGAAGGACGUGGCCAAUUCCUGCUGGUACGACUAUGUUGAAGCGCUUCGCGCGUCGGUUGCCUCACCCUCCCUGCCGACACUUGGCCGUGGGGUGCGGCUGUUAUCAUACGUACUUGCCGGUGUGAUCUCGCACUGGAGUAUUUCGAUCGUGCCCCUGGGGCGUGUCCUGGGUGUGUGUCUUGGGCG